AUGGGUGCUUUGAACUCUAGACAGCAAUCUGCAUCUCCCAGCCAUACUAACAACAAUAAUACUAUCAGGGACAGUGUCCGAGAAAGCAUCCAGAGCGACAAUCACGAACCGCACAAUGACGACAAUAUCUUUGAUCGCAAUCGUCACAAUCACAGUCAAGCCGAUACGGUCGAUACGGCUUCCACCGAAGAUUGGGAUAAAGUGGUAGAACGGUUCAAAUCACAAGUCUUGGAUGAAAGCUACAUUGUAUACCCCAUUCGAGGAUCCACCAUUGAAGCCGCCGAUCAAUAUCCCACUUCAGCACAAAACUUGUCACUCGAUCGGGAAUAUCUCAUGCCGGGGACACACAAACACUUGGGAGGUGCCUACGAUCCCACCGAUGGAUGCAUCUACGGAGUCCCCGCCAAUUCCCGAUCCGUCAUGUGCAUCUAUCCCACUACUACCACUGGCAACAGUAAUAAGGAAGAAGAAUACCUACUCAAAAACAUUCCCUUGCCCAAGGAAAUUCAAGAUGUCCGCAUGAAAUGGUUACGGGGGAUCUUUGCACACGGAUAUUUGUGGGCCAUUCCCAGUUGGGCUCCCAAGGUACUCUGUGUCGAUGUCGAUGCCUAUUGGGGACGCCGAGAGGCAUCCGUCAAUGGGAUUGUCCAAUUACUUGACUUGCCCGCAGAACACCCUCGCGAUCAAAUUUGGCAAUGGCACGGUGCCGGACUCAACCACGAAGCGACGGCCAUUUAUUGUAUCCCGUCCAAUGCGUACAAAGUCCUAAAAGUCGAUCUCACCACCAAGACCACAUCCCUGAUUGAUGUCGAAAUCAACAAGGAAAAAUAUCCCGAUUUGGAUCUCAACACCACCACCAACAAAUGGUACGGGGGCAUUGUGGGAGCGGACAAUGCCGUCUAUGGUAUACCCUACAGGGCCGGCGCCGUCUUGAGAAUUGAUUGCAAGACCGACACGGCCAAGGUCGUGGGACCCAACUACGGAUGUGGUCUCUACAAUUGGCACGGGGGAGUUUGUGUCAAUGGCAAAAUAUACGCCCAUCCCAGUCAUGCCGAAACGGUUCUCCAAAUUGACACCAAUGCCAUUGACGGCGGCACCAACGAACCUGCCAUUUCCGAACUCACAAUUCACCGGGCAUCCUACGAUACGGACGAUCGCAAAAACUACAAAUGGUUGGGUGGAUCAGUCGGUGUCGAUGGCAAAACCAUUUUUUGUCCCGCCUGCGAUACAUCGGCCGUGCUGCAUAUCGACACGGAAACGGAUCAUUGUCGGACGUUUGGAUUUGCUGGAAAGAUGAAGAAUAAAUGGCAAGGAGGUGUCUUGUCCAAAACACGGGAUGGGUGUAUUUAUUGUAUCCCCGCCAGUGGAACGCAAAUCUUGAGGAUUCCAACACAUCCCGAUACAGGAGCACCCAACAAUGAGGUGGUCCAACUGAUUGGGGAUUUACCAGUUCAUAAGGAUAAAUGGCAAGGCGGCUACGAGGGGAAAGACGGCUGUCUCUACUUUGUGCCUGAGAAUGGAUAUCGCGUUUUGAAAGUGACACCACCUGCCAAACCGCCCAAAAUUGUGAACGGAAAACUACCCGACAAUGAUGUGGAAAUUGAAUUCAUGUAG